AAGAAAAGAAUGGCAACAACGACUUAUUCUUCCCUUGCCUUGCCUCCUCCUCCACCUAUAAAACACCAUGCACCACCAUUCACCCCUUCAGAUCCAAUUAAAAGCUUAUAAGCAUGGGCGGCGGCAUCAAAGUACACGGACUUCCAAUAUCAACGGCCACAAUGCGCGUUCUGGCUACUCUUUACGAGAAGGGCCUCGAUUUCGAGAUAGUCCCCGUCGACAUGAAAGCCGGUGCUCACAAGCAGGAGCCUCUCAUCUCCCUCAACCCCUUCGGUCAAAUCCCUGCUCUCCUAGACGGUGAUCUGACGCUUUUCGAGUCAAGAGCCAUCACAGAGUACAUAGCGGAGGAGUACAGCGACAAAGGCGAGAAGCUUCUCUGCCAAGGCUGCAAGAAACUCAAGGCCACCACAAAGGUCUGGCUUCAAGUUGAAGGUCAACAGUUUGACCCUAUCGCCUCUAAGCUAGCCUUCGAGCGUGUCUUCAAAGGCAUGCUUGGCAUGACCACUGACCCUGCCGCUGUGGAAGACCUCGAAGCUAAGUUGGUGAAGGUCUUGGAUAUCUACGAGGCCAGGCUCUCCAAAUCACCCUUCUUGGCUGGUGAUUGCUUCACUCUGGCUGAUCUUCACCACCUCCCAAUCAUCUAUUACUUGAUGGGUACCGACUCCAAGAAGCUCUUUGAGUCUCGCCCUAAGGUUAACGAGUGGAUCAAGAACAUCACUGCCAGGCCUGCUUGGGUUAAGGUUCUUCACCUCCAGAAGCAGUGACAUAUGGUGCUUUUGUUACAUCCCUGAGAUUUUUCCUUCGUUUGACAUAAAUGAUUUGUUCCUUUGGUGCUUAUUAUCAUUAUUAUUAGGUUAUGUACCUCCUGCUCUUUUUUUUAUGUGUUGUGUGUUUGCUGUGCAAUAAAACAACUGAGAUCAUGCAGCUAAACAAUAAGCUUUAUCAUAUUCAA